AAAAAAAAAUUAUGGAGGCUUCUCUUCAACCACUUCAGCUUGGAGAAAUCACAGAGGAAGAAUUAAAGGCCUAUGAUGGAUCUGAUCCAAACAAGCCUUUGUUGAUAGCAAUAAAGGGACAAGUGUUUGAUGUAUCAUCAAACAAGAGAUUUUAUGGGCCAAAUGGGCCUUACGGCUUGCUCUCUGGGAAGGAUGCUAGUAGAGGUCUUGCAACCAUGUCUUUUAAAGAGAAGGAUUUGAAUGGUGAUAUCUCAGGUCUUAGCCUCAUUGAACUUGACAACUUGCAGGACUGGCAGAACACCUUCAAGAGCAAGUACAUUAGGGUUGGCACGAUAAAGAAAAUUAAAUCAUUGCCACUGCGUGAUAUCUUGGCUUACGAUGAUGCCGCUCAACGUGUCGAAGACGGGCUACCCGUCAAUCGGGCUUCUACUGGGCCUAGUGAGCUUGUUGAUGCUAAAUCCGUCGAAGAUGAGCCAAUAGCUGUAGGACAUGUGGAGGAACGUCAGCCCAAAGGAUGUGACUAUUGGUUCGGAUGUUGGCCAAGACAAUAAUUGUAAGUUGUGUUUGAUAUAUAUUCUCGGAAU